CUCCGUACCCAACAAACCAAAAGGUUCCCUUAUAAAACAGGGCUUUUUAUUUUCCGUUUUGACCUUUGAAAGGUGCGGUUUUUCCAACCCCCUUAGACCGAAGGGAGGUUCCGCCCUAGGGCCGCCGGUUCCCGGAGCGAACAUCCUUCCACAGGCUCUCAUUGGCUACCUCCGGCCGAGCCCCCGUAACCCUGGCAACAGCGCCCGCCCAGGAGCUGCCAGUCCAGGAUUGGUCCGUAGCUCCCAAGUUGGACGGCGUGCUCUUUAGUCCUUUGGCCUGAGUCUUUGAGAAGCUGGCGUGGUGAUUGGUAAGCCAGGGCGUCAGUCAGUCGGAGGCGGGCCCAGUGGGAGAAAUGGCUGCCGCGUCUGCUGUCUGCCGGUGGGUGAGCGGUCUCAGCAGGAGAGGCGUGGACCCCGGGUGCAGCGCUUAGGGCAUACAGCUCCCGCCAGUGGGAGGUAGAUUUCGGCUCCGCUGGGCUCGAACGUGAACCUCAGCUUCCGCGUCCCACACCCGGACUCAGGCCCAUUGGAACAAAAAUCUAAAACUACAGUCUAGCUUCAGGCAUCCAAUUAUGUGGCACUUGAGAAACGUAAUGCUUUCCUGACGGCAAGGCAAUCCUGCAGAGGAAGCAUCCUAGCGUGGGCUUUAGAUACCUCCCGGCUCCUCCAUGGCCCUCACCAUGCUGAAUGGACUUCUUAUUGAGGACUCAAGCCCUUCUACGGUUCUACACGAGGUUGGCAAGAACCCUCAGCUAGAUGCCUUCAACUACCAAAGCUGCUUCAUGCAAGAUCUCUUUGCUCAUUUCCCCGAGGUCUUAUUUAUCCACCGGACCUAUAACCCAAGAGGCAAGGUGUUAUACACCUUCCUGGUAGACGGACCCCGGGUACAGCUUGAGGGUCCUCUUGCCCGAGCAGUGUAUUUUGCUAUCCCUACCAAUGAAGAUGCCAGAGGCCUGGCCCAGAUGCUCCAGGUGUUCAAAAAGUUUAACCCAGCAUGGGAAAGAGUCUGUACCAUCCUGGUGGAUCCCCACUUCCUCCUGCUGCCCACCCUGACCAUGGAGUUCCCCGCAGCUGAGGUCUUGCUCUCAGCCUUCCACAUCUGUAAGUUCCUCCAGGGUAAGUUCUAUCAGCUGUCCCUAGAGCAGCCUGUACAAAGUGUCCUCCUGUCCUCCCUGCAGAGCACCAUGUGCUCGGCCACAGCUGGCAACCUGCGGAAGCUGUACACACUCCUGAGCAACUGCAUCCCCUCCAGCAGGCUGCCUGAGCUCCACUCACACUGGUUGCUCAAUGACCGCAUCUGGCUGGCCCACCGCUGGAGAAGCCGAGCCCAGAGCAACCGAUACUUCCAGAGCCUGGAGGUCACAGCCCACAUCCUCAGUCAGUUUUUUGGCACCACCCCAUUUGAGAAACAAGGCAUGGCAUCCGUGUUCCGAUACAUGCAGCAGAACCCUUCUGACAAAGCAAGCUUCAGCCUGGCUGUGACUCCCGAGAACACUCACACUCCUCCAGAUGCCAGCCUUGAAAACCCCAGCACAGAGCAGUUGGUGGAAGCCCGUAUCCAGCACUCCCUCAAUGCCAUCUGCACGGGGCCAGCUGCCCAACUCUGCCUAGGUGAGCUUGCUGUGGUCCAGAAAUCCAUGCACCUCAUUGGCUCCGGCUCAGAAAAAGUGAACAUACAGAUUCUGGAGGAUACGCACAAUGUCCAGCCCCAGUCCCCGGCCAGCUGCAGCUGCUACUUUAACCAAGCCUUCCACCUGCCCUGCCGCCACAUCCUGGCCAUGCUCAGUGCCCGCCACCAGGUCCUCCAGCCUGACAUGCUUCAGGCUCAGUGGGCCUCGGGCUGCGCCACCAGUCUCGACAGCAUCCUGGGGAGCAAGUGGAGUGCCGCCCUGGAUAAGCACCUGGCUGUGACCCUCCUCACUGAGGAGGUAGGUCAGCUCUUGCAGCACUGUAGCAAGGAGGAGUUCGAGCGCCGCUAUAGCACCCUUAGGGAGCUGGCCGACAGCUGGAUCGGCCCUUAUGAGCAGGUACAGCUCUGACCACCCAUACAGACCCAGGACUGGGAACUGAACCCAGAGCAGUCCAUACGUCAGGCAGACACUCUGCCACUGCCUCUUUUUUUUUUAUCUCUUAUUCUGAGACAGCCUCUCAACUCACCACAUAGCUGAGACUGGGCCUCGAACUCCUGAUCCUCUCUCUCUCGAGUGCUGACCACUGCCUCUUUUUUUUGUUUGUUUGUUUUGGUUUUGGUUUUUGGUUUUUCGAGACAGGGUUUCUCUGUGUAGUUUUGGUGCCUGUCCUGGAUCUCGCACCGUACACCAGGCUGGCCUCAAACUCACAGAGAUCCGCCUGGCUCUGCCUCCCGAGUGCUGGGAUUAAAGGCGUGCACCGCCGCCGCCCGGCUCCACUGCCUCUUUUUCAGAUACUCUCACUGGGUUGCCCAUCUAUAUCUAGUCUUGAACUCAUUCUAUUGACAGGCUGGCUUUAAACUUGUAAGCCUCCUAACUAGCCUCCUGAGUAUGUGGGAUUAUAGGCCUGGGUCACAGGCCCAACUUCUGAUUAUGUUGACACCCUGAAAUGUUCAUGUACAUAUGUUCAUUCAUAUCUGCUCCACUACCCACACAGUUAUGCUUCCUUCAGAAGUCUCUUGCCCUACCCCAGCCUUCUAUCUAGAAUGUGUCAAGCUCCAUAAAACAAUGUUUUCUGUUAAGAGCUCAGUAGUAAAUAUUGUGGGCUUUGGUCGAAUAUGGUCUCUGUCAUACAUUCUGGCUUAGGUUUUGACAACUUUUUCGUAAGGGAAAGGGGUACAGCUCAAGAAAUUUCUGAAAACAAGGGAUUCCUUGAGGGAGAUGGUGGGUGAUGAGGUUGAAGGUUCAGUGUUGGUAACUACUGCCCCAGUCAUGAGAUGAUUCUCCUGAUGCUAGCCCUGGAGCCUUCCCACAGAGGAAGAGGCUGCUGUGCUGGCCCGGCCAGGCUUCCCAGUGUUUCCCACCCCACCAUGGGGUCAGUAAAGUGAAUGUUGUACCCCA